AUGAUCGCGCCGACGAACAAGCCGACCAUGGUCAAGUGGGAGCACCUGUCCUUCGUGAUCAUGGACGCCCCCAACGACAGCAAUCUGCACAUUUACCUCAAAGAGCUCAAGAAGCACAACGUCACGGACCUCGUGCGCGCCUGCGAGGUCACGUACAGUAGCGAGUCAGUGGAAGCCGCCGGUAUCCACGUGCACGAACUCGAGUUUCCCGACGGCGAGUCUCCCGACCCGGAGAUUCUGGAUCAGUGGCUUGAUCUGGUCGAAACGUGCUUUAAGGACAACGCUAUUGACUCCAAGAACAACAAGUCGAUUGCGGUGCAUUGCGUCGCAGGACUCGGACGAGCCCCCGUGCUAGUAGCCAUCGCGUUGAUCGA